AGUAUUGACUACAGAACUGCCACCCUUGAGGUAGCUGGGAAUGAGGUGCCCCUACGCAACCAACAGGGUGUCCUCAAGGUAUGCAGGGUGAUCCUGGGGAGCACAGCGCAGCCCUUCUCAGAAUUUGCUUGCAUGACCCUUGUCAGUUCCAUGGUUGGCCACCAGAUGUCUGCACCUCCCGGAUGUGGUUAGGGUCAACCCUAGGUUUAGGAGCAUAUUUUUAGAAACUGUUACCGGCAGGUGCUGCCAUCUGCUAAUAGAUAGUUGAGUGACGAAUCAAAAUGGCCUUCUGCCGACGAGGACUGGAUUUAUCUGUAAGUUUUCAGCUAUAUUUCACUGUUUAGUUGGUCAAUUUAAUGCUGGAUUAAUCUACCGGAAGCAGUUAAAGUCAUAGAAAACAAUGUGCGUAGGUAUUUUGUUCGAAGCCCAACCAAAAAUCCAAAAAGAACAGAUGUAUUUAGCGAUAUUCAAGAUGUCAUGUACAGAAUUUGGUUGGGUGUUCGUCAAACCUCCUUGAUUUUAGAACAAGGGCCAAAAUUUUAUACCACGUUUAGGGGUCACUGAGCAGGCGAUCUGUGCGUAAUGGCGGCAUUUAAUAUCGCCAUUGGGUCAAAAGAAAUGCCGCCAUUACGCACAGAACAGCAUGAUUGGCUUAUGCAAUAGAAUGUAUUGCAAGUGUUGACUUGGUGUCUUCUUGCAUAUGCAGGUUAUCACCUUACUUGCAGAGUAGUCUGAGCCUCCUGUCGGCUUGAUUUCCUUCUGUAGUGUAUGACCUUGGUGUCCCUCAAGGUCACUGGUCAAGGCUAUGUCCUAAGCCUAUUGAUGCAGACCCUGGGCUGCACACAAGUGGUCAGUGCCACCACACUUGGCCCAGUAGACUAUAAAUGCAGCAAUAGUAUUUUAGUAUCACUGGUAUAAUGCUCAAGCCCCUCACCCUCACCCCAACCCUAGUGGACCCUAUGACAUUCAGAAUGACUAGACAUCGACAUUGGUACACGGGGAAAAUUUCCUUAUCCUUGCAUCGGCAAAUCCGGCGUCAGGAGAGGAUGGGCAUGAUACGAGUAAUCCUUCCGUGAGCGCAUAAACUAUUUAGAUCCUUUCCACCAGGAUCGUGGCUUGGACAUAUCUAAUCUUGUGAACUGGGAUGCACAGUAGCUCGAUCACUGUGCUGGGCAGAAGCACUGUUGGAUCUUCCACCCAGCAAACUGUGCAUGCACAGGAUUCGCGAAUUCCUGCAAAUUUCAUGUCAACAAAUUCUAUCUACUAGAGAUUCUAUAAUAUUUGUUGCUAUUUUAUUCCAGUGAUAUGCAAGCCUAGGAUGAGCAAGGGACUUUGUUAGAGAUUCUUAGUCCAAUGAUAUGCCAGCAAGCCUAGGAUGAGCAAGGAUCUUUGUUAGAGAUUCUUAUUCCAAUGAUAUGCCAGCAAGCCUAGGAUGAGCAAGGAUCUUUGUUUGAGGAGACCGUGGAAGCCCUGUCCACCACAACACAAAUAAAUAAGAUUCUCAUAUCAGGAUGAAGCGAUUCAAAGUUGGCCAGUUGAUGCGGGGAAGAAAGGAAGCGAAUGCCCUUCUGGCUCACUCCUCUGCAUUGGCUAUUGUGAACAAAGAAGUGAAGAAGCUUGACGAUCAGAUUUCGGAAAAGUCUCAAAUAUUGAUAGAGCUCAAUGCUGAUAUAGAAUGGCGUGAAAGGUUGAAAGGUGAUUUAACACCAGUGGUCACACAGAACAUGGCAAUUCAGACUGCCCUUGAUAAAGAAAAUCAGCUGUUGAAAAUCAAGGAGGUUGGUGUGCAGCCCAGCCCAUCUGACGUCCUAAUUCCAACAAAAGUUGUCUACAAUGAGACAGAUGAGGUCCAGCUAAAUCCAAGGACUAUCAAGAAACGGCAUGAGAGAACUGUAAAUGCACUGAAGUCAAUCCAUGGACAGUCAAUGCAAAAUGCAACUGAUGGACUCUGGCACACAUUGGUCAAGGUCUGCUCCCCUUCUGACCUGAAAAGGUAUUUCACCCACAGUAAGAAAUGUAGAGGUAUUGUUUCUGAAGGAAAGGUCACAAAAAGGACAAAAAUUCAAGAGAGGCAAACGAAGGCCAAUGCUGUGAGAAGCAUCAAGAUGCUUUACCGAGGUGGUCUCAUAAGUAGUCGAAAAUACAGUGCAAUUAGAAUUUCAAAUAUUUGUGUAUCUAGACCUGAGCCCCUUACUUACAAAGAGGUAGUGAAAGAAAUUGAGAAAAUCCAAGAAAGCCUCAAUGUUAGCUCAGUUGAUGGUGCCGGUGGCAAGGGGUGUUCCAGAGAGCUUGAGAACACUUUACUAAAGCUCGGUGACUUAUAUCUCCAGAUCGAUGAAAAACUGAUAUCAGAGCACGGAGAGGGUCUGAAUUGGUUCGGAGAAAAUAGAGGCAACUUCUGUGUUGCCAUUGGAGCUGAUGGUGCUCCAAGUGGCAAGAUCAAUACUCACACAUCAUUGCUGCUAUCAUUUUUGAACACCGUGAGUAAGGUCAGCAGUUGUGACCACAAUUUCAUUCUUGUAGGUGGUGAUUGGAAAGAGGAUGACCCUAUAUUCAUGGCACAUUUGACCAAACUUGUCAAAGAGUUUAGUGAAAUUGAAGAAAAGGAGUACCAGAUUAGAAAUGUACCUGUUAGGUUUAGGCUAGAAAUGGUCCCUGCUGACUGCAAGUGGGUGGCCACCGCUUGUUGAGAAUUGUCAAAUGCUGCCACUUUUCCAUCGUCAUUCGGAAAUGUUCACAAGGAUGAACUUAGUAAAGUAGGUGCAAGCAUUGGUAGUGGUCCUGAAGAUACGUGGCAUCCGUGGGGGUAUUUAGAGAGAUUGGAGUACGCCAAAAAGGUUGAGAAAGUGAAAAAAGAAAGUAAAUGUACAACGAGAGCUAAAGUCCUAAAAGCGAUUGCCGACAUGAAGUGUCGGCAAGAGUUUCAGCCACCACUUGGUAAGUAUUCCGAAAAGUGCCUGAUUGACCCCCUCCAUGUGAAAAACAAUGCAUGUCAACAGCUCAAUGUUCAAGUACUGUAUGCAUGCAUUGUCAAAACAGAUGAUAGUGUUUUAAAAAAAGACCUGGAUGAUCCAAUAUUUGUUGCAUCGCCUAUUGGGCAGUACCUAGAUGCUUUGCAACACAAACUGAAAGCAGGCAAGUUACACACUAGACUCUGCAGGUGGUUCAAGGAAUCUGGCUCGAAUGUUACAGCUAAAGCUGUUAGCAACUGUUCAGUACGAUUCACUGGAGAAGAUUCAUUCAAAUUCCUGCAGGAUUUCCCUUACCUGCUCAAGGCCCUUGAUGAUGACAAUGGAACUGAUUAUGACAAGUUUGUCCAAAUUCGACUCCACUAUGGUUGUUGUCUCUUAAAGGAGUUGGUAUCAUUGUCAUCGAAAGUGAAGUUUAGCCAGUUUGAGCUUGAGAGACUGAAACAUGUUUGCGAGCUAUAUCAUGCUUUGCAUGCUCUUCUUCUAACCAAAGUCACUCUAACAACAUGGCAUAUUGGCUACAUUAUCCCCUACCAUACCAAAGUGAUUUAUCAUAAAUUUGGAGUUGGUUUAGGCCUAAAUACUACACAGGGGCGAGAGGCAAAGCACCAGCGAGUAGCCAUGUAUGGGAAGUUCAGUACUCCACAGAAUAAAUGGCCAAUGAUUUUCCGUCAUGAGUAUGUCGAUCUAAUCUGGUUGAGGGAGAAUGAUCUAAAUUCUGAGGCAAAACAAAUGAGAAAUUGUAGAGACAAUUCAAAGUACCACGUCUAUUCCAGUGCCACAUCCAUGUGUAAGUGUGGACUGCAUGAGGCAGGAGAGUGUGGUUAUUGCACUCACCCUGUUCUCAGGCUGAUUGAAAAAAGCUGCAAGGAGUUGAAGGUUGAUGGCGAUCUUCUGCAUAUUCGGUCUUCUUGAACAGAAUGCCUUAGUUUGUAAUUUGUCAGUUGGAAGUUCAAACAAAAGCUUGGCUAAUUACUCCAAAAUAAGUUUUGAAUAAUAUCUUUUUGUGUCUGGUUUUGCUGUAUGAGUGGUUCACAUAGUAAUGCCUCAGAAUUUAGAUCAUUCUCCCUCAACCAGAUUAGAGAGUGUUGCUAAUAUGCAAGUUGCAAGUUGAAAAUGCAAGUUGCAAGUUGAAAAUUGUAAAAUGCCAAUUUUCAACUUGCCUUUUCAACUUGCAACUUGCAUUUUCAACUUGCAAAUCUUGCAUUUUCAACUUGCAACUUGCAUUUUCAACUUGCAACUUGCAUUUUCAACUUGCGACUUGCAACUUGCCGAGAAAAAAACCCUCACUUAUUGGAGAUGUAGGAGUUACUUUUGUGCAAAUUUCCCUGAAAAUAAUCAAAAUGUAAAAUUUUAUCAGAUAUACUCUGUUCUGUCACUUUACUGAAGAUUAGAAGGUAUGAUUGAUGAGGAUGUCUAUUAUUGUAGAAACCUUGUUAGCUGUUCCAUGUCAUAUCUAUAAGCAUUUGUUAAAACUGGUGAUGUAGAUGUUGUGCUGGGUUUUGAAAUCCUUGAUAAUUGUUUGAGGAAAAUACUUGCAUUGCAUCUUUAAUUGUUUAGCAAUGAAUGAUGAAUCAAAUGAUGAAAAGGUAAAGUGUAUUGGAUGUCACGUAGGGGAUUAAAUCUAGACUGGAGAGUGUGGGUG